UUCGCUUUCCUGCAGCAGGAGCAACAGAAGUUCAACCUGGACCCCUUCACGAAGAAACUAUCUGCUCUAAAUUCAUACUGACAAUGCCUUUUCACUUCCGCUGACAUAUCUGAUAGCCAACUAAUUGUCACCGAAGGAAACAUUUCCGAGCGAUGACAAUGUUGGGCAUGUAUGUGCCAGACAGAUUUUCCCUGAAGUCGUCAAAGGUCCAGGAUGGAAUCGGUCUAUACACGGCGAGGCGAGUCAAAAAGGGAGAAAAGUUUGGCCCCUUUGCUGGUGAGAAAAAGCUGCCCAGUGAGUUGGAUGAAAGCUCGGACACCAGGCUGAUGUGGGAGGUCCGUGGCAGUAAAGGAGAUGUUCUGUAUAUUCUGGAUGCGAGCAAUCCCCGCUAUGCCAACUGGCUGCGGUUUGUCCAUCAGGCGCCUUCACAGGAGCAGAAGAACUUGGCAGCCAUUCAGGACGGGGAGAACAUCUUCUACCUGGCUGUGGAUGACAUAGAGACAGACACGGAGCUCCUGAUAGGCUACCUGGACAGUGAUAUGGAAGAGGAGGAAGAAGAAGAGGAAGAGGAUAUUAAAGAUGAAGAUGAGAACAGUAAAGAGGCCAAGCACCUUGUAGAAAUGGAACUAGUAAUAAAGAAGGAGGACCACCCCUGCUUGCUGUGUGAGAGCAGUUUUCCGAGUGAAGAGAUCCUGGCUGCCCACCUCCAGAGUCUGCACCAGAGGCCCAGCACAGAGGAGAAGGAGUUCAAAUGCAGGAACUGUGGCAAAAAGUUUCCCAUCAAACAGGCUCUGCAGCGCCAUGUUUUGCAUUGUUCUGAGUCACUAGACCCAUCAGCUGACUCCAAAGCCCAUCAGUGCUCCCUGUGCCAUUACACAUUCGGCUCAGAGUCCAGUUUUGAACAACAUAAGGAAGCCUGUAAAGGAGAUGCCAGGUUUAUAUGUAAAGCCGAGAGCUGCGGCAAAAGAUUUAAGAGCAAAGACGCUCUGAAGAAGCAUAAAGGAAAUGUUCACACAGGGAGUGCACAACGGAAACUCACAUGCACCAUAUGCAACAGAAAAUGCUCCUCUUCCCUGAAUUUACAAGAACACAGGAAGAUACACGAAAUAUUUGAAUGCCACGCUUGUGACAAAAAGUUCAUCUCUACGAAUCAACUGAAACGCCACAUGAUAACACACUCGGAGAAGCGACCGUACACCUGUGAGAUCUGCAGUCGGUCAUUCAAGCGUUUGGACCAGGUGACGGCUCAUAAGAUCAUCCACAGCGAGGACAAACCGUACAAAUGUAAGCUGUGUGGGAAGGAGUUUGCACACCGCAAUGUCUACAAGAAUCACAAGAAGACACACUCUGAGGAAAGGCCUUUCCAGUGUGAGGAAUGCAAAGCGCUGUUCCGCACCCCCUUCUCUUUACAGCGUCAUCUUCUCAUCCACAAUAGUGAGAGAACAUUCAAGUGUGACCAGUGUGAUGCCACCUUCAAGAGGAAGGACACGCUCAACGUCCACAUCCAGGUGGUGCACGACGGCCACAAGAAGUACAAGUGCGACCUGUGCGAGAAGGCUUUUGUCACUCCUUCUGUCCUCAAGAGCCACAAGAAGACACACACGGGGGAGAAGGAGAAGAUCUGCCCAUACUGCGGGCAAAAGUUCGCCAGCAACGGCACGCUAAGGGUCCACAUCCGCAGCCAUACAGGUGAGCGCCCAUAUCAGUGUCCUUACUGUGACAAAGCAUUUAGCAAGAACGAUGGCCUGAAGAUGCACAUCCGCACACACACUCGUGAGAAGCCGUAUAAAUGCAGCGAGUGCAACAAGGCCUUCAGUCAGAAACGAGGACUGGACGAGCACAUGAGGACUCACACAGGAGAGAAGCCUUUUCAAUGUGAUGUCUGCGACCUUUCAUUCAGCUUGAAGAAGAUGCUCAGCAGGCACAAGCUGACGCACAACCCCAACCGACCGAUGGCAGAGUGCCAGCUGUGCCACAAGAAGUUCACCAGGAACGACUACCUCAAAGUCCAUAUGGAGAAUGUCCACGGGGAAACGGAGAGUUAGAGCCAAUUAAGGAAGCACUGGCUAAAAACGAGAUCUUAUUCUUCAGAUAAACUUAAGUCUUGUGCUCUAAGAUGAUAUGCAGAUAGAAAGAUAGCAGAAAUGUUGCUAAUAAUGAUACAUGCAUGUAGGACAUGGAAAAGAUUAAGGCGAGUAUUUCAAAAUUGAAACAUUGACUGUGUAUUUGUACUUUCUUUCGGUCAUACUGUUUCCAUAUUGUUUUUGGAGAUCUGAACAAACAGAAUCCCAGAUAUGUUUGAUCUGCCUCCGGAGCCUCUGUGUCUGCUCCGGUCUUUCUGAACUCUAACCAGUGUUACUGUACAUACUGCCACAACAUGACCCAUUCCACUGUUCUCUGAAUACCUUACUGUACAGUUGUGGCCAGUUGCCAAAUGAUGAAGACAAGUUGUGACCAAAAACUUUUCUGUGCACUUUAGUUUUAUCCGUACACUUUCUACAUAUUUUCCUGUUGGGAGGCUAAACCCUUUUGUUCAGGAGGCAAAACAAAGCAUGGGUCUCAAGGGCAGAAAAAUAAAGCCAGCGAAGUGACAAAAACUGCAGGCCUCGGCUAAAAUUGUUUAGCUAAAUGGAGCCACUAAACUAGAUUCUGACCAUAUUUGUGGUGUUGGUGCUGUUUUGAGUAUUUGAAUGCAUUUAUCUGACAAAUUUCACAGCCUGGUCUGUGGCAGAGAAGUGUAUUUCACGUUUGGUGAGUAAAAUCUAGUAGUUUAUUAAUUUAUCGAUAUCCAUAAUCUAUUGAUUUGAAUGUCAACUUAACACUCUAGUCUUUCACCCAAAUAUUGUCGUUUUUGGCUCCAAAAAAUAACAAACUCUAGUAGCCAUAAUGGUGAAUUACAGGCCUUAAAACAGGACAAUGAUUGGUGUCAAGAUGUCCAUGUCAGUUGUUUUUUUAUGCAGACUUUCUAUUGAGCUUUAUGGUUCCUAUAGCAACACAGAGCACAGGCCAGAAGUCUUAUUUAAAUUAAUAAACACAAAAAAUUCAUUCAUUCACUUCAUGUUUUACUGAUUUAAAUGGAAGAUUAUAUGUAAAGAUGAAAAUACAAGGCACAGGUCCAAACAUGUUCAGAUGUACUGUACUUUUUAGAAGCAUGCUAUAGCAUUAUGAGUUCUGAAAAUGCCUAGAAAAUCUGAAAUAGGCCCUAAAUAGUUUUUACACAAUAGCUGUAAACAUAUUGCUAUUGCAUCUUUCUUGAAAUCUGUUUUUGAAUGGAUGUGUUGGGUGUGACCUUCAUCUUUACCUUGAGGAAUGGGUUGAGCAGUUCCUUCGUUUCCCACACCUUGUUGUAUGAAAACCAGCGGUGCUCAAAGCCUGUUAGCAUACCUGUGUCACAGAUUCUGGACAAAUGUUUCCCAAAUCUGGGGAAAAUAAAAAAUGCAAAGUACUGUUUCUGUUGAUUCUGGUAAUGAUUUGUAGAGUAUGGUUUCAUAUAAAUGUCCCAAGGGUUUUGUGCCUUAAAAUAUGUGUUUACAUUGUUCUUUUUUAAAUCAUUGUUCAAACCAGAACUUCAUGCAUUUCAAUAAA